AUUCUUUUUUACUUCCUUAUUCAACUUCUCCGGAUUUUUUUUAUUUAUUUAUUAAGAUAUUUAAUAACAUCUUUUCUUUUAUUAUAAAUAUGGACAAAGGAAAUGGAAUUUGUUAGGGAUUUCGUAAUCCAAAUCCAAAGGCCAACACAGAAUCAAUGGAAAACAUGAAAGAAGACACAACAACAACAACAAUAAUGAAGCUAAAAGCCAUUGAAGCAACGCCUGAGAGCUUCGCGGAGUACGGUCAAGUGAUCGAAGCUACCGGCGACGGCGCUGAAUUCGGUAGCCAAGACGCUCAAUUGGAUCUCACCAAUGGAAUCCCUAGGUUUUACAUCCUUCACAUCGAGAAUCGCCCAUUUGAAUUCUCCAAGAUAACGCAUCACGCGAGAGUAACGCAGUGCUUGGGAUCGGUGGAUCGGGAGGCUUGGUAUCUCGGAGUGGCGAAGGCGUCGAUUGUUGAGGGAGAGGAGAUCAAUGGAGGAGGAGGAGGAGGAGGAAGGAAUUUGAGGUCGGAGAGGGGAGGACAUUUGUAUGUGGCGCCCAAUGUGGAUGAAAUUCGGGCGUUUAGGAUAUCGGGAGCCAAGUUUGUGAAGCUGAAUAAAGGGACAUGGCAUGCGGGUCCUCUGUUUAGAGAGAACGCCAGAGAUUUCUACAACUUGGAAUUGACUGAUACUAAUAUUGUUGAUCAUACUUGUUACAACAUUGGAGAAGAAAAUCGGGUAGUAUUUCACAUUGAGGAUUAGAUCCAUUUGUUCUACACCAAGAUUGUUAUCCUUAUGGAGAUUAAAGAUUAUAGGUGGGAGUUAUUGUGUGAUAUAUUGAGAUUAUGUUGUUUUAUUGUUGGACAAAAUUGAUGUAAAGAUGAAGUUUGUCAUGAUUUUGUUUUGGGGUACAUGGAGAUUGAAGAUUCUAGAAUAAGUGAAAGUGAUGUAUUUAUAAUAGUUCUAUUUUCUAAUUGUAAAACAUGUUUAAUUUCAAAUAAUUUUAAUGAUUUGGGUUUCAUAAUUUACAAAA